GAGGAGCGAAAAUAGUUGGUAAUGGCUUUCUAUACGACGACGCCCACAACUUGCCUAAGCCGUUGCAGUGCUUCAGAAGAGAUUCUUCUUCCAUCACCGGCUUUCAGAGCACUAAAAGUUCCAUGCCUGAGACCUCCAAUCUGGCCAUGGGAGAAGGUGAAGAUGGGCUCGCUGAUGGUUUCUCCGAUGGGGUUCGGGACGUGGGCUUGGGGGAAUCAGCUACUGUGGGGUUAUCAGAAAGAAAUGGACGGCGAUCUUCAAGCCGUAUUCAAUCUUGCCGUCGAGAAUGGGAUCAAUCUCUUCGAUACAGCAGACUCGUAUGGGACCGGGAGAUUAAAUGGACAAAGCGAAAAGCUUCUUGGCAAGUUCAUCCGUGAAUUUCCAGGCAAGAAGAGUACGCCGCCCUGAUGUUUUUUCCAUUCU